CUGAAAAAGUUAUACAACGUUCCAAUGUUAGCUUUUGUGGAAAAGAGUGCAAAUUGACAGCAAUAGCAGGUCAACAGCGCCUGUCGCUGGCAACUCAGAGCAGCUUGUCCGACAGCCUGAAAACAUCCACAAAAGAAUCAAUGAAGAAACCUAAUCAUUAUAGCUCCCAGCAGGAAGAUUCCCCAAAGCUUCAAUCUAAGGGAAAGAGAAAAGUGGAAGACAGAGCUCCAAGAUUAAUUGAGGGAGAAAUGUCCAAUCCUAGGAUGAAUAAAAAGAGGAAAAUUGAAGACAACGCUGAGGCAUCUCCCUCUAGAGAAAGGAAUCUGUUGGAAAGUAUCGAUAAGUCACGUUUGUCCACAGCAAAAUCGGUGGAAGAAUUUAAUUUUAACAAAAAACGCAUCCGUCUUCUUUCCAAAACAGAGAGCAUCAAGGAAAACUCUCAGGGAAUUAUUUACUGGAUGUCCCGCGACCAAAGAGUACAAGAUAACUGGGCUUUCUUAUAUGCACAAUGGCUAGCGCUUAAGCAUAAACUCCCACUCCAUAUCUGCUUCUGUCUGGUGCCCAAAUUCCUAGAUGCCACCAUCCGUCAUUUUGGUUUCAUGCUGAAGGGACUCCACGAGGUUGCUGAGGAAUGCAAGCAGCUGAAUAUUUCUUUCCACUUACUCAUUGGAUUCGCCAAAGAUGUAUUGCCGGACUUUGUUGAAGAGCACAACAUUGGAGGAAUGGUUACAGAUUUCUCUCCAUUGCGCCUCCCACUGGAGUGGAUUGAGAAUGUGAGAUACAACCUACCAGAAGAUGUACCAUUUAUUCAGGUCGAUGCUCACAAUAUUGUACCCUGCUGGGUAGCUUCAGGCAAACAGGAAUACAGUGCCAGAACAAUCAGGAAGAAAAUUCAUGAUAAACUCCCUCAGUUCCUGACAGAUUUUCCUCCAAUUAUCCAGCAUCCUUUUAGCUCAUCCCAGAAGGCAGAGCUGAUCGAUUGGGAUGCAGCCGCAGCAAGCCUUCAAGUGGAUCGUACAGUUAAGGAAGUUGACUGGGCUAGACCCGGGACUGCAGCAGGUCUAACUAGGAUGGAGUCAUUCAUUAAGGAGCAGCUUAAGCAUUUCAACACUGACAGAAACAACCCAAACAAAACUGCCUUGAGUAAUAUGUCACCAUGGUUUCACUUUGGUCAGGUUUCAGUACAAAGAGCAGUUCUGGAGAUAAGGAAAUACCGCAACAAGUUCAAGGACAGUGUGGAUGGUUAUAUUGAAGAAGCUGUAGUACGACGGGAGCUGGCAGACAACUUUUGUUUUUACAAUAAACAAUAUGACAAGAUUGCAGGUGCUUCUGAUUGGGCACAGAAAACAUUGCAAAUGCAUAGCAAAGACAAACGGCCAUAUGUUUAUACGCUGAAAGAACUGGAAGAUGGGAGAACACAUGAUUCUUUGUGGAAUGCAGCACAGCUUCAGAUGAUCCAUGAGGGGAAGAUGCAUGGUUUUCUUCGAAUGUACUGGGCUAAAAAGAUUCUAGAGUGGACUGCAUCACCUGAAGAAGCCUUACAGUUCUCCAUCUACCUGAAUGAUCGCUAUGAACUGGAUGGCAGAGAUCCAAAUGGAUAUGUAGGUUGCAUGUGGUCAAUCUGUGGAAUCCACGACCAAGGCUGGAAAGAGCGACCAAUCUUUGGCAAGAUUCGCUACAUGAAUUAUAAUGGCUGUAAGAGGAAAUUUGACGUUGGCCAGUUUGAAAAAAGAUACAACUACAAGAAGUUUACAAAUCCAUUGUAGAUUGGUGUACAUCCAUUCAUAAAAUUGAAUUUACGAAGCGUUUGUUCCUUAAAUCUGAAAUGCAGGGCAAGUAUGGGGGCCUGGGAGAUAGAUUUUGAAAGAUAGCCUUAAAAUGCAAAACAAGAAAAGCCCAUUCAAGUACUCACACACACACUCUCAGCACGAACAUUGUAUCAUGUAUCCCGCCGUACAUUAGAGAUAAUGGGAACUGCAAGUGCUGGAUAGUCCGAGAUAACAAAAUGUGGACCUGGAAGAACACAGCAGGCCCAGCAGCACCUUAGGAGCACAAAAGCUGACGUUUCAGGCCUAGACCCUUCAUCUAGGUCAGCUUUUGUGCUCCUAAACUGGGCCAAAUGGCCUUACUUCCACUCCUAUCUCUUUUGAUCUAAGAUGCUGCUUGGUCUGCUGUGUUCAUGCAGCUCCACACUUUGUUGUCCUCUUAUUCUGAUUUGUUUAACGUUUGAAUGAAACUCAUGGAUCUACAAAGGCAACAGAGCAAUAUACCAGAAUUUCUUUUUACGGUUAACCAUUGCCAAUUUUUGACUCUCGGAGCUUUCUUCAAAUUUAAUUGCUCCUAAAUUAUGAUACUGCAUUACAAUACAUAGAAGCAACUUAUUUAGAACAUCUUCCACUGUAACUAUUGAAGUAUUCCAUCUAAGGGCUCCUGCUGUCCAUUGCUGGUUGACAAGGUCAGUAUUCACAUGACAGCAGGUUAUCGUCCAUCGGUUUUAUUUGAAAACACAAGCUUUCAGAGCUUGAGUCCUUCUUCAGGUGUUAGUGACAACGGUAUUAUCAGACACAGAAUGUAAGUAAAACAUCAAACAUUCAUUGUGACCCUUUGAUCUUUUACUUGUAAGUUCUGUGUCUGAGUCUUGUUCAUCCGUCACCCUGUGCUUACUAAUCUAAAUUAUACUCCAAUUAAACAACACCUCAGCUUUAAAGUUCUUUUCAAAUUCCUUGUAGCCUCAACUUUUCGCACAUGUAAUUAUUUCCAGUCUUAAUGCAAUUAGAAAUCUGGACUCCUCCAAAACGUGUAAUCCUUAGCAUUGCCAAUUUUACUGCCAGUCAAACCUUCUUUCUCCCUUAAAAUCUCUCUGCCAGGCUUUCGAUCAUUUACAUAAAAAGCCCCUUUUGUGUCCUGUUGUCAAAUUUUAAUAUUUCUAUGAAGUGCCCUGGAACAUUUUGCUAUGUUAAAGCUAGUACAUAAACAAAUUUGAGGAGGUGUUGGUGUUGGACAAAGUCAGAAGUCUCUCAACACCAAGUCCUGAUCCAACAGAUUUAUUUGAAACCACAAGCUUUUGGAGUGCUGCUCUGAGAAGUUCCUUCACCUUCAAAAGAAGCAGCACUCUGAAAGCUUGUGAUUUCAAACAAAUCUUCUGGACUAUAACAUGGUGUUGUGUGACUUCUGACUUUAUAAACAAAUUAGGUGGGUGAAUGACAAUCCUAUGAUACUUAAGCUAAAAUAAUUAUCCUGCUUGCUGAACAGAAAUGGAUCUUAAGUUUUUUGUGCUAAAAGGUGAAUUUGCCCUAAGAAUUAAGAGGGAAUUUAGUGGUAAAGACCAUAAGAAAUAUGAACAGGAGUAGACCAUUCAAGCUCCUUGUGCCUUUUCCAACAUUCAGUAGGAUCAUGGAGUCAUACAUUACAGAAAUAGACCCUUCAGUUCAACUCAUCCACACUCCUCACAUCGUCUCCUAUCCUUUCUCCAACUGAUCAAAAAUAGAUCUCCACUUUAGAUGUACAAAAUGACCCCACAGUUCUCUGUGGCAUGGAGUUCCAUACAGACACAAACCUCAGAAGAAAUUACUCCUUGAAGGUAGACCAAGAAAAAUCUGAAUAGCUCAGUUUACAAAUUUACACUUCCAUAAUAUUUUCAAUUUUAAUAUUAAAUGUCAGUACUUUGCUUUGCAGCUUUGAACAAAAUUUUGUCGUUCAACUUUUGCUAUUCAAAAUUAAGGAAGGAUAAAACAGUUAAAAACCUGCAAUUGUUCAAAAUAAAAGCUAAGUUUAAGUCAGGAGUCAAGGAGUUCAAGCAGGAUUGACGCACUAAAUGUAUUAAUACUGCCAUAUAUACAGUACAAUAUUAGUGAUUGACAGGGCUCAAAUUCAUGAUGUGCUGAGAGAAUACUUCUGGCUUAUUGACAAAACUACAUGUCUGCAUGUUUUAUUCACUUAAAUUACAAAAAUAAAUACAGAACAAGACAAAAUUCCUGUAAUUCUGAUUCUUUCAUUUUGAAAUUCUGAACAAAAAAACUUACAAAAACAUAAUUGAAAGCCACCAGAAAUCAAAUGUUCAUUACCCAGACCUGGGCCAUAGUGCUGAGCUAAAAUUUCCUGUGUAAUUUUGAAAUACACCAAUGGCAAAAGAAAACAUGAGAAGACUGAUCAGUUAAUAGCAUUUCAUCUCCCAACAAAUAAAAAAUGUUCCCCUGGAAAGUAGAAAGUGUCUAUAGAUUUUACUCUUGAAUGUUAUAACUCCAACUGAGUGCUCUAAACCGUUGCUGCCUGAAUGCAGGGUUGGAUUUGUCUGUUACUAUUUUAAUCAUUAAAUAACUGUUUUUGAUUACACUUUCUCUAUUAUUUCCAAGUAAAUUCCAAUUCAUAGAAAUUACACUUCCAUCAUAAAAUGGCUAAUGAAACAAAUUGUUAUGUGGAGGAUUAAAAAUAUUUUGUAAUAUACCAACCAAGAGAACACCACAGCAACCUAGAUCCUGCACUGGACAGAAACUGUAGAGAUUAAAGUUAAAGAGCACUAGAUCAUUCAACAAUGAUUCAGUCAAAAAGUUCAGGCUUCACAUUAACAUAUCAUCUGAGCUCCUUUAUCUGUGAACUACACGACUGCCCUAUACAGUUUUCUGUAUGAAAUGAGAAAUGCUCAUUAUUUUCAAUCAUGUUCGGACAUAUUGCAACAGACCUCUGGGGUAGGUAGGACUUGACCCCUGAUCUUCUAGCUCAGAGGCAUCAGUAUACCACCAGUACUGAAAUAGGGAUAUUAGGUGGAGAUCGCUGGAAUUCAAAGGUUCUGUUAAUGGAUGCAAACCUUCAGUAUCCACAAACAUCAAUUUAAAGGUUAUAAAAUUAAAGACUGUCUUUGGCAUCAUCCAAUGUUUCUGUAUCAAUUCCUAAAUUAAUACCAAAUAAGAACACUGCAACACUAAACAGGCAUCAAUGCCAUAGGAAAUUUUAUUACAAUACCAGGGAUGAGAACUUUUGUUUACAUAGAUUAAGUACAUCUUCAACAGCUCCAUGUAUGUGCCUUCAGCCAAAACGGAAAGAAAAUGGAUGAAAGCAGAUGAAUGACAAGAAUAACUACUCAGCCGACUGAAAGCUCCCUCAUUCUGGCAAGAAUAUCAGCUAAUCUUGAAAUGCAACUUGUUGUAUGAUACACAGAAUACCAGAACUGCUCAGGAUUUAAUUGUCUCCUCCUUUCAAAAACAGCCUUUAAACAUUCAUGCAAAAACACUUAAUACACCUAAAAACAUGUAAAUAAGAAAUGUUCAGCAUCAGGGACAAAUGUACAUCGUUAACAAUUAGAUCAAUAGCACACCAUCACUAAAGUUUACAUUCCUGGAAGGCAAUAAAUAGCAUUUUCAUU